CGCCUCCUUUCAGUGGGUGCGCGGCCGGCUCCCCCUCCCUCCCUGCCUGCCCUGCCCGGCCGGUCUCUGUCUCUCUUUCCCUCUCGCAGCAAUGGCGGCGGCGGCGGAGCAGGAGCAGCAGCAGCAGCAGCAGUUCUACCUUCUCUUGGGCAACCUGCUGAGCCCGGACAAUACGGUCCGCAAACAGGCCGAGGAAACAUAUGAGACUAUCCCAGGCCAGUCCAAGAUCACAUUCCUUUUACAAGCCAUCAGGAAUGCUGCUGCUGCUGAGGAGGCUAGACAAAUGGCAGCUGUCCUUCUACGACGUCUGUUGUCCUCUGCGUUUGAGGAAGUCUAUCCAGCUCUUUCACCAGAUGUUCAAACUGCCAUCAAAAGUGAACUGCUGUUGAUUAUUCAAAUGGAAACACAGUCUAGUAUGAGGAAAAAAAUCUGUGACAUUGUUGCUGAGCUGGCCAGGAAUUUAAUAGAUGAGGAUGGCAAUAACCAGUGGCCAGAAGGUCUGAAGUUCUUAUUUGAUUCCGUCAGCUCUCAGAAUGUGGGACUGCGUGAGGCCGCUCUGCAUAUUUUUUGGAACUUUCCUGGGAUUUUUGGGAAUCAACAACAACACUAUUUAGAGGUCAUUAAGCGGAUGUUGGUUCAGUGUAUGCAAGAUCAGGAGCAUCCAACGGUUAGGAUGCUGUCUGCAAGGGCUGCAGCUGCAUUUGUACUUGCUAAUGAGCACAAUCUUCCUCUUCUGAAACAUUUUGCAGACUUGCUACCUGGAAUCUUGCAGGCUGUAAAUGAUUCCUGUUACCAAAAUGAUGACUCCGUUCUAAAAUCCCUUGUAGAGAUUGCAGAUACUGUUCCGAAAUAUUUACGUCCACAUUUAGAACCAACAUUACAACUAAGCCUAAAGUUAUGCGGAGACACCAACCUCAAUAACAUGCAGCGUCAGCUGGCCCUGGAAGUAAUAGUAACGCUAUCAGAAACUGCUGCUGCUAUGCUGAGAAGACAUACCAACAUUGUUGCACAAGCUAUUCCUCAGAUGUUAGCAAUGAUGGUUGAUUUAGAAGAAGAUGAAGAUUGGGCAAAUGCAGAUGAGCUUGAAGAUGAUGAUUUUGACAGCAAUGCAGUUGCUGGUGAGAGUGCAUUGGACAGAAUGGCAUGUGGCCUUGGAGGGAAACUUGUUCUGCCUAUGAUUAAAGAACAUAUUAUGCAAAUGCUCCAGAAUCCUGAUUGGAAAUACAGGCAUGCUGGUUUAAUGGCCCUGUCAGCUAUUGGAGAAGGUUGUCAUCAACAGAUGGAGGGAAUUCUAAAUGAGAUAGUUAACUUCGUUUUACUUUUCCUCCAGGAUCCUCAUCCAAGAGUGAGAUAUGCAGCCUGUAAUGCAGUUGGACAAAUGGCUACAGACUUUGCCCCUGGUUUCCAAAAGAAAUUCCACGAGAAGGUAAUUGCAGCUCUUCUGCAAACUAUGGAAGAUCAAGGCAACCAGCGUGUUCAGGCUCAUGCAGCUGCUGCACUCAUUAACUUUACUGAAGAUUGUCCGAAAUCACUGCUUAUUCCAUACCUGGAUAAUCUAGUGAAGCAUCUUCAUUCCACCAUGGUGAUUAAAUUGCAGGAGUUAAUACAGAAAGGCACUAAGCUGGUUUUGGAACAAGUUGUGACUUCCAUUGCAUCAGUUGCAGAUACAGCAGAGGAAAAAUUUGUUCCCUACUAUGACUUAUUUAUGCCAUCUCUUAAACACAUUGUUGAGAAUGCUGUACAGAAGGAACUUAGACUUUUAAGAGGAAAAACUAUUGAAUGCAUCAGCCUAAUUGGCCUUGCUGUUGGUAAGGAAAAGUUUAUGCAGGAUGCAUCAGAUGUGAUGCAGCUGUUGCUGAAGACGCAGACAGACUUCAGUGAUCUGGAAGAUGAUGACCCCCAGAUAUCUUACAUGAUCUCUGCAUGGGCUAGAAUGUGCAAAAUCCUUGGAAAAGAAUUUCAGCAGUACCUUCCUGUUGUCAUGGGGCCUUUAAUGAAGACUGCAUCAAUUAAACCUGAAGUAGCUCUACUAGACACCCAAGAUAUGGAGAAUAUGAGUGAUGAUGAUGGUUGGGAAUUUGUAAACCUAGGAGACCAGCAAAGUUUUGGAAUUAAAACUGCAGGCCUUGAAGAAAAAGCAACUGCAUGCCAGAUGCUGGUUUGCUAUGCUAAGGAAUUAAAAGAAGGAUUUGUGGAGUACACAGAGCAAGUUGUAAAACUGAUGGUUCCUUUGCUGAAAUUCUAUUUCCAUGAUGGUGUUCGUGUGGCAGCAGCAGAAUCUAUGCCUCUUCUCCUUGACUGUGCUAGAGUUCGUGGGCCAGAGUAUCUCACACAGAUGUGGCAUUUCAUGUGUGAUGCGCUUAUCAAAGCUAUAGGGACAGAACCCGAUUCAGAUGUACUUUCAGAAAUAAUGCAUUCAUUUGCAAAGUGCAUUGAGGUAAUGGGAGAUGGAUGCCUUAACAAUGAACAUUUUGAAGAACUUGGAGGAAUAUUGAAAGGAAAAUUAGAAGAGCACUUUAAAAAUCAAGAGUUAAGACAAGUGAAAAGACAAGAUGAAGACUAUGAUGAACAAGUUGAAGAGUCAUUACAAGAUGAAGAUGACAGUGAUGUUUAUAUUCUGACUAAAGUGUCAGAUAUCUUGCACUCAAUAUUCAGCAGCUACCAGGAGAAGGUGUUGCUGUGGUUUGAACAGCUACUACCACUAAUUGUCAAUUUAAUUUGUCCACAUAGGCCAUGGCCAGAUAGACAGUGGGGAUUAUGCAUUUUUGAUGACAUCGUAGAGCACUGCAGCCCAUCCUCAUUCAAAUAUGCUGAAUACUUCCUGAGGCCAAUGCUACAGUCAAUAUGUGACAACAGCCCAGAGGUUAGGCAAGCAGCUGCUUAUGGUGUUGGAGUUAUGGCACAGUUUGGUGGGGAGAGCUAUCGUCCUUUUUGCACAGAGGCGCUUCCAUUGCUGGUGAGAGUUAUUCAGUCACCAGAUGCCAAAGCCAAAGAGAACGUCAAUGCAACAGAGAACUGUAUUUCAGCAGUAGGGAAGAUCAUGAAGUUCAAACCUGAUUGUGUAAAUGUUGAGGAAAUCCUGCCACACUGGUUAUCAUGGCUUCCACUACACGAAGACAAAGAAGAAGCUGUUCAUACUUUCAAUUACCUGUGUGACCUAAUUGAGAGUAACAACCCAAUUGUCCUUGGUCACAACAAUGCUAAUCUUCCCAGAAUAUUCAGUAUAAUUGCGGAUGGUGAAAUUCAUGAAGCAAUUAAACACGAAGAUCCAUGUACUAAACGGUUGGCUAAUGUUGUUCGUCAAGUGCAGACCUCUGGAGGAUUAUGGACAGAAUGCAUAUCACAGCUCAAUGCAGACCAACAGGCAGCUAUACAGGAGCUCCUGAACUCUGCUUGAAGGGCCUUAAUUAUCUGCAAGAAAACUAACUCCAAAUAAACAUUUACCCUAUUGUUUAGGUUUCUUUGUUUUUGUUUUUGAGCAAAAAGAACUGUAGAGCGUGUAGGCCAUUCUUUUGCAAUCUACAGGCAGUGGCAACACGAAGAAGCACUCUUUCAGAGUGGUGUUUAAAUCCAUUUCUAUCCCACAACACUGAAGAAGCUCCCUGUAAACCCUACAAAAGCACUGAAGAAUAUUUUUCUAAUGGUAUAAGCCACCCGUAUGAUGGUGAAAAGGAGACAAGUUGAAUUUUCUCAUUAGAUAUAAUGAAUUAAACAGCUUUAAGACCAGUUAUUCAGCGGUAAUGUACAUUAUAGCAGAUAACAUUUCUAUACAUCUAGUAUUAAUUGUAUUAACUGGAGUGAGUUUCUUUUAGGGUAGAAAGUGCCCUUCUACCCAGCAAACCACUAGAUCAAAAGAUGAAAAAUUGAAGACGAAUAUAAAGCAUGAAGACCUCAUUGAUGUCGCACAAAAAAGGCUUGUUUAAGUGACUCAAUGAGAAAAGCUGUUCAGCUUCCAGCCCUUGAAUGUGAAGUGUCUUUGGCAUGUCUGGCAGUAUCUCAUUCACUCCUCAAUAAAUGACAUUCAAAUACAAUAAGACGCUUGUGUAAAAGUUCAGUGCUGUGUGAUUCUUAUUCAAUUUCCUCCUAUGAGAAGAUACAAGAACAAAUGUUACGAGUCAUAAUUUUAAGAUAUUUGAAAUUUUCUGUACAAUAUGUCUAACUCACACUUCAUGCUUUUUUGUUUCUUUAACCAUUCAACUUUUUUCUGAUUCAAAGAACUACAUACUGUGUAGAAUUCAAAUUUAGUGACAUGAGCCUUGGGUACAGUGAGUUUACAUACCUUUACCAUAAACUGUUUCAUUUUCAGAUCCAAUUGCAUAUUUGUAAUUUAUGAAAAGUUGGCUAAUGUUCCAGUUGCGGAUGUACAAUGGGUCUGUGAUAGCCAAGCAAACUUUCAGUCGUAUUAAAUUAAAUACAUGCAGUUACAUUUGUGGAGAUAUGAUUGGUAGCCUAUCCUGAAAGGAGAAAAUUUGUGUAUAAAUGUUUUAUUGGUUCAUCUCAUCCUAGCAAUACAUGGGUUACUGUUUAAGAUAUAUGGUUUUUCUAAAAUCUUAUUUCUAAUUUAAACUUCAGUGUGAACCCUUUGCAGUUUGUACUAACAUUUUUGAUAUAAAUAUUAAACUUAUGCUUAGACCAGAAAGCUAACCUAAGAAUUAAAGACUUUUCACUAAGUGA